CAUUUAGAAAGACAGCUGCUUAUACAGGAUGGCAGAACUUCCUCGUCGAAUCAUUAAAGAGACGAUGCGUCUACAGUCAGAAAAUAUUGACGGAAUCAAAGCUAUCGUCAAUGAGACGAAUGCUCGGCAUUUCCACGUCGUCAUUGAUGGGCCAGGAGGGUCGCCUUACGAGGGAGGGAAGUUUAAGCUGGAGUUGUUUUUACCAGAAGAGUACCCCAUGUCUGCCCCGAAGGUUCGGCUCCUCACAAAGAUUUAUCACCCCAACAUAGACAAGCUGGGAAGAAUAUGUCUUGACAUCCUCAAAGAGAAGUGGAGCCCUGCCCUGCAGAUCAGAACCGUCCUGCUCAGCAUCCAGGCUCUUCUAAGUAAGCCAAACCACGAGGAUCCCCUCGCAAACGAUGUCGCCGAGCAUUGGAAGAGAGAUGAGAUGUCUGCCAUCUCCACAGCUAGAGAAUGGGUAAAGAAAUAUGCUCAAUGAGUCAGAGAGAAACUCAGCGAUGGAGGGCUCCCAGGAAAGAGAGGACGGAACAGCUUCAAAUUAUGGACAGGACAAUUUGAAGCAAUGCUUAAUGUAUUUUAGAAUCUAUUUUCUUUCAUCUCUAGUUUGUUAUUAUUCCAAUUGCGCUUAACGGAAUGCCAUUUAUAUGGAUUGCACCUAAUGGGCAGCUUUUUGUGAGUUUUUAUUCGGUGUUAAAUAAUGUCCAAAAUAAAAUUGUUUGAUGCUAUUUUAGUGUACAAAAUUUCACAUAUAUACUUUAUUAUCCGCCUUUAAGAUCCCUCGACCUAUUCUUUAAUAUGCUUUAGUUGCGUUACAAUUUUACUGAAUAGCAUAAAUUGAACAGGUUUGUUUCAGCCUUGCUCA